AUGUCAAAUAUUGAUCUUCCCAGCAGCCAGACGGUCCUGUUGUUGCACGGGCCGAAGAAGCCGUACGAAGUCACGACCGGCUAUGCGAUACCAGAGGUUCAGAGCGAGAAUGAAGUUCUCGUGAGGGCCGAGACGUUCGGCUUGAACCCCAUCGACUGGAAGGCACCGAGCCCCAGCGACUUCAAUUUUGGAAUUCCAGUGCUGCCGUACAUCGCUGGCAGGGAGCUCGUCGGCCGCGUUGUCAAGCCUUCCAAGCCUGGCUCGAGGUUACGUGAAGGCGACCAGGUGCUCGUCAUCUCCACCGACUACCGAGACCUGCGCAAGGCCGGCUUUCAGGAAUACGUCGUGUCUUCAGACUUCAACACGGUUCGCAUCCCGCCGAACGUCCCGAGACAGCCGGGUGCCACGAUCGGCGUGGCCUACGUGGCGGCCGUCCUGUCGCUUGGCGUGUGCAUGGGUGUCGACUUUUCCAGCAUCCUCGACGGGCCCGACCUGCUGCAGGUUGUACGGACCGGGAGCGGGCAGUGCCGGGCGACUGGCUGGCCAUUCUGGGGAGGCUCGUCGACAUCAGCCAAUCUCGCCGUCCAGCUCGCCCGUCUGGCGGGCCUUCGCGUCGUGACCAUCGUCGACAAGGCCAAGCACGGCCUGCGCCUGGCGGACCACGAGAUCCUCCGCCCAGACCUCCUCGUCGACAGCCACUCGCCAGCGCGGGCCGUCGAGAUCAUCCGCGCCAACGUCGGCAAGAAGCUCCGGUUCGCACUCGACACGACGGGUCGCGAUUCGGCCAAGUCGCUGCUGGACGCGCUGACACGGGACGAUGAGCUGGAGGGCGUCAAGGUCGGGGAGGAAAAGACGACAACGACGACACCGCCGCCGAGCCCUCCCGAUACGCCGCGGAGGCAGAGGAGUCAGUCGGCCCAUCUCGUCGGCUUGACGGGCUUGCCGAAGGGCCAGGCGCCCGAGGGUGUCGCGUACCAUACCGUUCCCAUCAAGAUCUUCCACGAGGUGCCGGCUGUCGGCGAGGCGCUCGUGCUGUGGCUCGAGAGGCUGCUGGAGAGCGGAUUAGUGAAGCCGCCCGAGGUGCUCGCAGCGGAGCAGGGCUUUGACGGCGUGAACAGAGGCCUCGAUCGGAUGCGAAAAGGCGAGAUCUCGGGUGGGCGCAUGGUCGUCGACAUUAGCUAG